AGCCGGGCAUCGCGGAGACCGACACGACCACCACAGCCAGGACGGCCGCCGCCAGGCCGCAGGCCGCCCCGCCCGCGGCGCCCCUCAGGCCGCCCCGCCCCGGCCCCGGCGAGGUGCGGCGCGGCGCUGCCCGGCAGUCACAGGGCCCCGCCGCCGCCCGCCCCCGCACCGCCCGCCCCUUCCCGGCCGUGCCGGCGGGGAGCGCAGCGCGCAGGCGCCGCCGCGGAGCCCAGCCGAGCCGAGGGAGAACGGGCCGGGCGGCCCCCAGCCACCGCCGCCUCGGGCGCCAUGUGGGUGCUGCUGGCCCUCCUGGCGCUGGCGGCGCCCCGCCGGAGCGCGGCCUCCCCCGGGGAGCAGCCGUCCGCAGUGCCUUCACCAACGCAUGUUGUAGUAACAUCCAAAAAUUUCGAAACUUUCUUGAGGUGGAAGUACCCACCUAUGCCUGAAACUUCUCGUUUUAUUGUGGAAAUCAAACCUUACACAUUAGGUUAUUAUAAGAUCAUCUCAACUUGUGUGAACACUUCAGCUUAUUUUUGUGAUGUCUCAAGGGAAAUAAACGAUCCUUUUUCCUCUCACUGGCUUCGAGUUAAAGCUGUUGUUGGGUCACAACAGUCUGAGUAUGUUGAGACAAAGGAGUUUAUUUUGCAAAAGCAUGGAAAAAUAGGACCUCCAGAACUGAAUCUCUUAAGGCAAGGUGAUAAAAUUGUGGUUGAUAUUUACCAUCCUGCAUUCCCAUCUGUGGAGCUUUUUCCUGGGAUUGAAGGCACUUUUUCAGAUUCCAUGUACUUGGUGACUUUUUGGGACACUAAAAAUAAGAGUAAAGAAGAGUUCCAUGAAGAAAACUGUACACAGUAUAAAUGUAGCCUCAACAUCCCAAUUCCUGCUGAAGGUUCCACUUACUGUGUUUCAGCACAGGGAAGGUUGUAUGACGGUCUGAUGAUCGGUGCCCCAUCAGAAGAAAGAUGCGUUCGUGUUCCACUCAAGCAGACACUGAGCACACAAGAUAUCAUCAUUCUGUCUGCUGUUAUUCUGAGCAUGAGCCUAAUUUUGACAGUAUGUUGCGGCUGCAAGAAACUAAGGAAGAAGAACAUAAAGCUGCCUAAGUCUUUGGUCAGUGUGAUAAGAAACCUGAACACAGACAACAUUGUAGAAUCAAAAUCGGAGGCAAAAUACACAUCUAUAGUAAGCAUCAUGCCGGGCCAGUCAGCAUCACCAGCAAAUGCUGAAGUAACCUCGCUGGAGGUAGAGCCAAAAGAAGACAUUGCUAGUCCUGAGAAUUCCAGUGAAGGAGCAUCUUUGGUUCCUCCCCCGGUGGCACCAGCCAAAGCAGAAGAGGUGUCUGUGCAGGAAAGCACAGAGGAGGUAUCUUCUGGUGAUGAACAGAACUGCAAAGUAAAAGAGAGUUAUUCCAUUUCAGACAGUGGCCAAAUGGAUAUAUGCAGUAAUUCUUCAGGUCCAGAGGUUUCUGCUACAGAAAUACAACAAACAGUCAUUCAAAGCAGCGGUCUCAAGUUUUCUGGUUAUGACAAGCCUCAUGUGCCAUUAGAUAUGUUGAUAGACGUUGGUGAAGAACAGCCUGUGAUUGCUUACAGACUGACUGACUAACCAGGACAGCUGAAGCGUCUAACUACAACUCAGGAAGAACCGCAUUACUGAAGAUUAUGGGAAGUCUGGGUUAUAUUAUGAGCAUCUAUGAGUUGUACUUGUUCUGAUCCAACCAGAGUAACCAGUACACAACUUCGUCCCAUUUCAGGAUCCCACUGUACUGAAAGUAGUGCCUGAGAACAGCAUAAGAAGUAGAGGGAAAUUUGAUAGCAAUCGCUUCUAGAAGUGCUUGCGUAUGUGACAUAACUCACCAUUUCCUAUUUGAAACAGCACUCUGGUUUUUUUAUCAGUACUCUAUGGAGAACAGACUUCAUAAAGGAGUAUAAAACAGCAGCUGUAUCAUUAUUUUCUGUUUCAAAUCCUUUUCAAAAUUAAUUCGAUGACCAUAGUAUUUGUCAUCCUUCACUUAGUUAUGAUAGAGAUGUGCAAGAAAUAUUCAAGAAUGUUUGCCUUUUUUGGAGGUAUUCUUUGCUUGUCUUUUUCUCUUGAAGAGUAUUUUUGUAUUAAAUAAAAUCCUACUAUUUCUUUUAAGUAAGAAUAUGCCUAUAACCCUUUCCUGUAUAUCUUAAGAAUUUUAUUUCAUUGCCAAGAACCAAUUACUUAUAGUCUUUUCUGCAACUAAAAUUAUGUACUUCCAGGACUGUUACUUUGUACAUUCAGUGAGUUAAAUGAUAGACUUUCUUCUUUGUAACAAGUCCUGUGACUAAAAAAAAAGCUAUUUUUAAAAAGCUGUUAUUUGUGUAUAGCUGCAUGGCUUGGAUCACGUAGAUACGUUGUUAAACUAUGUCGCAUUCUAAAUAACUCCUGUAUUAGCAUGUUGGUUGAUUGUCAUUGGAAAGAAGAAAAUGUGAGUAAUGGAUGGUUGCACAAAUUCUUUAGAAAACGUUUUCAAAAUUUUAAAGCCUGCGUUUGUCCAGAGCAUUUUUAUCCUAAUUCUUAGAACUAUAUGAUUUUUUUAAAUAGAAUCAACAGUACUUUCUUCCAAGUAUAUUUUGUAGCAGGUUGAAAAUGACUACCAUUUUUCCCCCUUUCUAUGGCAUAACUCAGGAACUACACCAAAUUACCUCCCUCUAAAAACACCUCUCAAGACAAUGGAAAAGUAGUGUGGUAAGUUGUAGUUCGUUAAUUAUUGUCAUCUGACAGCCCUCUGAAUUUGUAGUAUGAGAUUGUAAUUUUGAAAACUGAAGGAUGAGUAGUUUAUUUUUUAUAUUUAAAAACUUUAAGUCUGAUGCCUGUGAUCCAGUUAUUUCCCUGUAGUCAAGAUUUGAUGGGUAUUUUCUGUUUGUUGGAAAUGUUUACAAGAGUUCUUAAUGAAGCUUAGUUCAGAAAAAAAUGGUGUUUUACAGACACAAGGUGUUGUAUUUGUACAAAAUAUAAGUCUUUGUUUUAAAAGAUUUUUUUUUUUAGAAUCAUUGGAAAUAUUUGCAUGUUAUAGCAGAUGGUUUUAAAGGAAAACCAGUAUCAUAGUACUCUGCCCUUAAGUUUCUUAGUGGCAUGAGUAUUCCUAAGAUAAAGUUAGUUUAUACAGCAGUUUCUGGACUGGUUCUGUUCCUGCAGAUGCCAGACAUUAUCCACAGUGGUGCAUAAUAAAUUCCCAAAGAUUUAAAGACAAGAGCUACUUUUCCCUUCUGUACUCACAGAAACCUGUUAGCAGGGUUUUGAUAGUUUUAGGAAAAGCCAAAUCAAACAGGAAUUUUGUAGUUAUGGUGUAAUGGAAAGCCCAACUAGAAAGAUUUCACUACGUGUUAGCAUUAUGUUCAAAUGUAGUAAGACCCCCUAGAAACUUUUUCAAUGUCAUGUUCUGGGUUGAUUUCCUAGAAUGCUGGUGGCUUAUUGCUGAGGAUCCUCUGGUGUGUAGAUAUCUCCAUUGCAGAAGUGCAGAGAUGAAUUCACUUGGUGUUACAAGAAGGCUUUGAAAAUUGGAAUUAACUUGCACUUGAAACUUCAACUAACCUGACUUUUCAGUUAAUAAUAUGGUUCACCACUGAAACAUGCUUCUAGCAGUCUGUCUACUAAGGAGCUGAGCAGCUGCAUCUUGCACAGACCUUGAACUUGAUAUGACUUUCAGGCUUUGUAGGUUCCUUCGUAAUGUGAACUCCAGUAAGUACCUGGGGACUUCAUAAAUGUCAGGUAAAUGUUUAACUUAAACUUGGCUCAGAUGGGAGAAAGAGGAUGUUAGAAACUGUGAGGUUAGCUUUCUUUUGGGGGGGAAGAAGUUCCUGAUCAGAAAUUUGCUGAGUAGCUCUCUUCUUUGCAAGAAGAUUAAAUACUCUGGGCAGUAGCAACUGGUACCUUGUUUUCCUUCCAUCAGUUUUGUCACAAAAAGUGUUGCUGUUCCCCAAGACAAUCAGGAAUUAGCCAUGGUAGUCAUUCCAUUUGGUAUAUCUGCCUCAGAACUAUUCUGUCAGAAGUAUGUAAUUUGUUGGAAGUCUUAGAUUUACAUUUGUACUGGUGGAUGUUGAAACCCUUCAUGCUGCUAGGAAAGUCAUUAACUAAGACUCAGCCUCUUAAAUUAAUAAGAGAUCAGUAAGUGGUUUUUGUUCUGGAAGGUUUUCCUUUGCUGCCUUACUUGGAAGAGGAAUUAUAUUUUUUGCCUGUGUGAGGGCAGAUAGAUGCAUUUUUAAAACCAGGUGGCUGUCUCAGAUUCUUUUCUCUUCCCCCCUGCAAUACUACUACAUUGUAUGUUGUCCUGAAUCUUUCAAGUCGCAUGGAGCCCAAUGUGAGUAAAAGGAACCAUCCAGGUGCUAGGAUGUAAUUAAGGACAAGGAUGUCAAGAUCGAUCAGAAGUGACACAGAAAUAUAUUGUGAGCAUAUGGGGAAAAAUCUGGCACGGUGGUUAGUUACAUGUAAUGGAAAGGCACCGUUAUUCUGUAAGCUGAAAAUCAAACAUAGGAGUGUGAGUGCUUUGUGCCAUACAACAUGUGUGUGUAUAUGCUCACAGCUGACUUCUUGUAACUAUCCCAAGGUUAAAUGUAUGUUUAAUGAAAAUGUAUGAACGGUAAUUACAAAAGUAAAUCACAAAUACACUGAACUAUCACCCUCCCUGCAGAUGUGUCUUCUGUGUGCUGUGUACUUAACAAGAAGCCAGUAGCACAGGGAUAGUUUAGAUGUUUAAAUUGCUCAAGCCAAGUUGGAAGUUUUAUAAUUGUGAAAGAAAGAACUCUAAGGGUGUGUAAAGCACCAGAUACUUUUAUUAGCUGUGACUAGCUGAAAAUUUGAGUCCACAGUGAGACGAAAAUGUGCUCCUUAGGACAGUAAGCUCUAUUUCCCCCAGUCUUGUUUCCAGCAGUUGCCCUGGUUUUAGGUGCUCUCAACACCACUACUAGCAAGUGCAUGAUGGUAUUUCUGCUAGGAUACAGUUCAGCAGCCUGCAGCGUGAGGACUUCUUGGGGCAGGGAACAUCGAAAUGCCUUACUAGCUGCAGCUAGUUAGCCUUGCUUUUGCAGUUCUGUAGUAUCAUGUAUCUGAGCCAUAUGGUUUGGAAGCUGUCAGGUAGUAUUUAUCUAUGCAUUUUCACUUAACUACUAAGUGAGUUUAAUAGUUAAUCAUCUUACGGUGCAGAAGUAGUUUGCUUAAGUUUCUGGGUGGCCAUGCGUAGCACCUUGACACAGGAUAUCAGUGCCUAACAUUUACAGGUUCAAAAUCAUUUAGUAUUCAUGCAGUUACAGACAUACCAGCUGUCCAGUAUGACACAUGUAGAAAGUUUCACCACUUCAAGCUGCUAGAGCUGCCCUUGUGGUGGCUGCUCAGCACUCCUCCCUUCCUGUCUCCUAAAGAUGACUGGGGGGUUGAUGGAAUAUAAGACUCCAAAACAUUAUAUUCUGUGUAAGAGAAAUUGCAUCACAAAACUUUGCCUUAAUACAUGACAACAUUUCUAAGAACUUCUUUAGUUGUCACUUUUGCAUGUAGCUUGCUUUUUGUUGUCAGAUCUGCAAUUAACAGAAGUAUUGUGGCAAUGAUGCAUGCUGGCACAGAAGCAUCAAAUGUCCAGCUUUUAUGCUUUUUCCACAAAAAUCAGUAAUGCAGUUUAAAAAAAUCCUUCUUGUGCUGGUUUUGGCUGGGAAAGAGUUAAUUUUCUUUAUAGCAGCUAGCGUGGGGCUGUGUUUUGGUUUUGUGCUGGAAACAGUGUUGAUAAUACAGAGAUGUUUUCGUUACUGCUGAGCAGUGCUUACACAGAGCCAAGGCCUUUUCUGCCUCUCACCCCACCCCACCAGCGAGCAGGCUGGGGGUGCACAAGAAGCUGGGAGGGGGCACAGCUGGGACAGCUGACCAAAGGGAUAUCCCACACCAUAUGGCGUCAUGCUCAGCACAUAAAGCUGGAAAAAGUAGGAGGAAGGGAGGGAUGUUCAGAGUGAUGGCGUUUGUCUUCCCAAUUAACCAUGAUGUGUGAUGGAGCCCUGCUUUCCUGGAGAUGGCUGAACUCCUGCCUGUCGAUGGGAAGCAGUGAACGAAUUCCUUGUUCUUGCUUUGCUUGUGUGCGCGGCUUUUACUUUAUCUAUUAAACUGUAUUUAUCUCAA